AUGGCGGCGUGUGGACGUGUACGGAGGAUGUUCCGCUUGUCGGCGGCGCUGCAGCUGCUGCUGCUCGCGGCGGCCGGGGCCCAGAAACUCCUGGGCCCGGGCGGCCACGGCCACGGCCAGGGCCAGGGCCCCGGGGCCAACUUUCCGGCCUUUGUAGGGCAGACUGGAGGCGGCGGGCCGGCAGGUCAGCCGCUGCUCCAGCUGCCUCAGUCAUCUCAGCUCCAGCACCAGCCGCAGCAGCCGCAGCAACCGCCUCAGCCGCCGCAGCCGCCUUUCCCGGCGGGUGGGCCUCCGGCCCGGCGGGGCGGAGCGGGGCCCGGCGGGGCUGGCGGGGGCUGGAAGCUGGCGGAGGAAGAGUCCUGCAGGGAGGACGUGACCCGUGUGUGUCCCAAGCACACCUGGAGCAACAACCUGGCGGUUCUCGAGUGCCUGCAGGACGUGAGGGAGCCUGAAAAUGAGAUUUCUUCAGACUGCAAUCAUUUGUUGUGGAAUUACAAGCUGAAUCUAACUACAGACCCCAAAUUUGAAUCUGUGGCCAGAGAGGUUUGCAAAUCCACCAUAUCAGAGAUUAAAGAAUGUGCUGAUGAACCAGUUGGGAAAGGUUACUUGGUUUCCUGCUUGGUGGAUCACCGAGGCAACAUCACUGAGUACCAGUGUCACCAGUAUAUCACCAAGAUGACGGCCAUCAUUUUCAGUGAUUACCGUCUAAUCUGUGGCUUCAUGGAUGACUGCAAAAAUGACAUCAACAUUCUGAAAUGUGGCAGCAUUCGGCUUGGAGAAAAGGAUGCACAUUCACAAGGUGAGGUGGUAUCAUGUUUGGAAAAGGGCCUGGUGAAGGAAGCAGAAGAGAGAGAUCCCAAGAUUCAAGUCUCUGAACUCUGCAAGAAAGCCAUUCUGCGGGUGGCUGAGCUGUCCUCAGAUGACUUUCAUCUAGACCGGCAUUUAUAUUUUGCUUGCCGAGAUGAUCGGGAGCGUUUUUGUGAAAACACGCAAGCUGGGGAAGGCAGAGUGUAUAAAUGCCUCUUUAACCAUAAGUUUGAAGAAUCCAUGAGUGAGAAGUGUCGAGAAGCACUGACGACCCGCCAAAAGCUGAUUGCCCAGGAUUACAAAGUCAGUUAUUCGUUGGCGAAAUCCUGUAAGAGUGACCUGAAGAAAUACCGGUGUAAUGUGGAAAACCUUCCGCGGUCCCGGGAAGCCAGGCUCUCCUACCUUCUCAUGUGUCUGGAGUCAGCUGUGCAUAGAGGGCGCCAAGUAAGCAGUGAGUGCCAGGGGGAGAUGUUAGAUUACCGGCGCAUGUUGAUGGAAGACUUUUCUUUGAGCCCUGAGAUCAUCCUGAGCUGUCGGGGGGAGAUUGAACACCACUGUUCUGGAUUACAUCGAAAAGGGCGAACUCUGCAUUGUCUAAUGAAAGUAGUUCGUGGGGAAAAAGGGAACCUCGGAAUGAACUGCCAGCAGGCGGAAGUGUUAAACAUGCUGAAGGAAAGCAAAGCAGACAUCUUUGUGGACCCAGUCCUUCAUACAGCGUGUGCCCUGGACAUUAAACACCACUGUGCAGCCAUUACACCUGGCCGAGGGCGUCAAAUGUCCUGCCUCAUGGAGGCCCUGGAGGAUAAGCGGGUGAGGUUACAACCCGAGUGCAAAAAACGCCUCAAUGACCGGAUUGAAAUGUGGAGUUACGCUGCAAAGGUGGCCCCAGCAGAUGGCUUCUCUGACCUCGCCAUGCAAGUGAUGACAUCUCCAUCAAAGAACUACAUUCUGUCUGUAAUCAGUGGGAGCAUCUGUAUAUUGUUCCUGAUUGGCCUGAUGUGUGGACGUAUCACCAAGCGGGUAACACGAGAGCUCAAGGACAGGCAACAAUGCAGGUCAGAGACAGUGGCUUAUAAAGAUUUAGCGUGGUCUCAGGGUGUGACUGGCCGUCCAAUGUGACCCUUCUGCAGGCUCGAUGCCACCUUCCCAGACAAGUUCCCUUAUGCCUCUUUGUGGAGAGGACUUGGAAAGUUACUAUGUUAAAAGAUGGAGCCUAUUCUCCGUGUUUUGUUUUGUUUUUUUCCCCUUUCUGUCCAUUUGCUGCAUACACCCACUGUAGUAGGCAUUGGCUAAAUGUUGUACUUUGAUGAUUCAUCAGUCUUUCCAGAAUCUGAGCUUUAUGGAAGCAGUCUUCCUGGCCGUCCUCCCUCGUCCUUCCAGUGUGGGAUAACAGGUUUGGAGUGUAAAAGGGAGGGGUGCAAGCAUCAGGGUCCAACCUGGCACACCUUGGUUUGAGUUUGGGCAUGGAGUUACAGUGGCUGCACAAGAGGGUGGCGUGUACAGUAGGAGAUAUAUUUAUAUAAUAUAUAUUUUAUUAACCUGUUAGACGUCCACAGAGUAUUAUAAAUCACGUGCCUAAAACUGUCCACGUAGACCAUGGCGCCCUUCCUUGCCCUGCCCCUCCUUUGCCACCGUCCACAUGGGCUGCAGGACCUACGCAACAUUUGUCUCCCCUGAAAUGUGUUCGAUACAAAGUGGGUCAGUGUGUGGAUCAGUUUAUUCAAAUUACUCCUUUUCUAAUCUGACUGGCAUAUAUUUGAAUACUGUGGUUUUCUUCUUUUUCUUGUUGCUACCCUUCCUGGAGGCAGUGGGGUCCAGAAGCCAGCUCUGUCCCCCUGCCUAGGGUACUUCAAGUCACCAAGGGGAGCUGCUAAGCUGCUUGGUCCCCUCAGUCCUGCUCUUAGGGUCUUCCUGAUUCUCAGCACCUGUCCUGGGAUUCUUUAGCCUCAUAAAACUUGAAACUCUUGGAGUCUGGGCAACAGCCCCCUGCUACCACCAUUGUGGGACUGAAUUGGGCUGGUCCAGAUGGUCCACCUCCAGGGGUUCCCACCUGGGCUGCAGGAGCUUGGGAAUGAGAACUGGGGAUGUCAUCUAAACGCAGGCCCCCACCAACGUGUCUGGCAUGGUUUACAGGAUAGGAUAAACAUUCAUCAUUUGGUGAGUGUGUGCGUACCGCUCUCCAUCUGUACAUUCUCCCUCCCAAUGUAUGUAAAACAUCUCCAUAGUUUAAUGUGUCUUGACAUUUUGGGUUUGUCUUAGUUGUCUGCAACAAAUCGGGAAGCUUGAAAAGGAGUUUGAUUCUUGAAACAUUUGUCAUCUUUAGAAAUAGUCAGAAUAAAAGGGAUAAUUCUGCCAGUAUCUUCAGUUGCUUGUUGCUAGAAAGCAUUUCAUCAUCCUGCGCGGAGUAGUUUCAGGUGACCGGUUCUUGAGAGUCCCAGGUAGUGUCCUGAGCAGUUUUCUACCUCCAGGGGGCCCAGCACCAUCUGAACCUGUAGCUCACCUGUAUCCAUUGGUCCCUCAUUUGGUGGAACAACACAGGUUCUGGGCCUCAUGGAUUACUAGCCUUAUGGGUCAGUCGUGGAUAAAUCAGCUAGUCGAGAGUUAAUGAAGAAGAGGAAACCAUGGCCCUAGUGGAGGAGCCGAUGAUGGACCUUGUCCUUAUCUCUUCUGGUGUCUAGCCCGUGGACAAUAACAAGCAGCCAGUGAUGGGGUUGGGGGGCAGGGGGGUGGGUGGUUCCAAGGUCAAGGCUUCAGGCACUUGCUGAAAAUUACAGUAGCCAGGGAACUCAUCUGGCCUUGUCAGCUCCCUCCAGUAUCUCAGGGAGUCAUACUCAAUGUGCUCCACAAUGCUCGAGAGGCACCAGGAGGUUACUCUCCCGGGCUGGAGGCCGUGCGGUACAGGAAAUCAGAAAUGCAGGCAGGCUGUCAAGAACAAGACUGUUCCCUCUAACUGAGUUUCUCUCACAGAAGGGUAGCUCUGGAAGUGAGACCUUUACCCUGGUGCAUCCCUCACCUCCCUCUGCUCUUGGUUCUGUCCCAAGAAAAGUCUCUUAGCAAGAUGUGCUGAGGUGGGAGCAGAGCAGAGGCUCAGGUUCACUCCAGCAGUAAAGCCUUCCUCUUCUGCAUUCCCUGGAGAACCCUCAGUUCUGUGGGUCCGGUCGGCUUGUUCGGAGCCAGCCUGUCCCUGGAAGCCAGGGGAUUCUGGUGCUCUGCAGGCAUUGGCCUGAAUUCCCUGCAGGCCUUCCGGGCCUUCCGCUGUCUCGUAUCCUGUACUUUCUUUUCUGGGGGACAGAGAGCAGCUCUGCAGGAGGGGGGGCGGGAGGAGAGUCUCCUUUCCCAGAAGAGGUGACAGAAUGAUCAGGUUUCACUUCCUCCCAUUUCCCGAAGUCACGUAAUAAAAGAAUCCAAUAGUAAAGAGGUCUGUAUUAAUCCAUUCACAUAUCAAAGUGGAAAAGAACUUAUGUGCUGACUUCCCUCUAUUUUCCCAAGAGAAGAUUCACUCUCAUGUGUGAGAAUGACUUCUGGAAAUGUCUCCCAUCCUCCCCACCUCCGGGCUGUGGUACAGCUUCUAUCCCAAAGACCCCCACUAUAGUGAGUCAUCCAGGGAGAGGUGGAUUGCUUCAUGUAGCUGGUCUCAAAUUCUUUUGAGAAAAGGCUCUCAUUUCCUGUUUUUUCCCCUACCCCACCAAAAACUACCCACACUCUGAGUAUAGCUUAUGUUAAGUGAACAGAUACGGAGAGCCAUAACGCCAGCCAACCCAGCCUGACACAUUCAACCUAAAUUUUGCCAUAGAACAAAAAGAAGACGGCUCUUUGAAUUGUGUGCAUUUAGGUAUAUAGUAUCUGUAUUUCAGAUUCUUACAAAUUUGAGAAACCUGAAAGAUCCCUUUUAUUUCUCGCGAUUUGGGCGGCACCUGCAUCGCUUUAUCCAGUUCCUUGAGUUUCUCCUGGGCCUUUAGGGACUCCUCUCUCUUCACCUCUUCUCCUCUGGUCUCCGAUUCCCAAGGGCCAUGGGGCCAGAGCUGAUGUUCUGGCCUGCCUUUGUCUUUCUUACUGUCUCCCUCUCUCCUCUGCUUUCGGUCGGCCAUCUCUCUAGUACUCUCCUCUUGGUCCUCCUCUCCAUUAGGACCAGGGUCACACGUUAGGUCAGUCUAGUUCGAAGGCGAAGCCCCCUUCCUGCCCCGGCCUCAGAUGACAGACAAGUCAUACAAACCCAGACUGACUCUUCAGAGUGACCAGCUUCCCUGAACCAUCUAGGGAGGUCACUAUGGAGACCCAGGGACUGUUUGUCAUCCGGACCACAAGGUGGGACUAUCUGCUUGGGCUGGUGGUGACAGGAUCCUGACGGUUUCCUCUCCGUGCCUCCUCCCAAGAUCUGUCACCACACCCCAGUAGGGAUGUUGGGAUUCGGACAGUACAGAAACCUCCCUAGGCAAGGAGAAAGUUCAGAUAGUGCCUCUAUAUUCUGAUUUUGCCUUCCCCCAUCAUGGAAUCGACACCUGGACCCCAGAGCCCAGCAGGCCCAUGCCAGAGCCAAGGAGGCAGGAGCAGGCCCCCGGGGCAGGCUGCAGCACACGGGCUGGAGGGGCCGCAGCAGAGCCGAGCCGGCCAUAGGCUUCCUGACGGCUCCCCCCAGCUCAGCGUGCCCAGGUCAGUCCAAGCAGGAAAACAGACUGAACAGCAGGUGCUGUGUGAGAUCUUAGGCCUUGAACUUUUUUUUUUUUUAAGAAAGAGAAAAAAAGUGAAAUUAACAAGCCUCUUUUGUAAAUGAUUUUUCUUUCUAUGUAUAAAAUCCCGGCAGUUCCUUGUUUUUACAUGUUCAUGCUGUGUAAUUUUGAGAUGUUACUGAGAUCCUGAACAUAAUGUGCAUUUUUUUCUGUACAGAUGAAAUGGGAGAAUUUAAUAAAGAGUUUGCAGGUUUUUA